UGUGCUAAUCGCGUAGGUCGGGUUGAGACUUGCGCAGAGAGAGAGAGAAAAAUAUCAAAAGAGGAGAGAGAGAAUAGAAGAGAAGCUUCGCGCUGUUACGUCAAUGGCCGUUUAGGGUUUCUAAUUGAUCCAACGAAACUCAAUCCCUUCACUCCAAUUGUUUUCUCCUUCAUUCCUCUUCCUCUCAAAACCCUAAUUUACUUUCUCCGAUAUUGGGUAUGCUUUUUAUUGCUUUCAAUUUUGAGGAGCUGUGAUGGGAGCGCCAGAGAAAUCUCAAACCAACGCUAGUUCCAUGCAGCGUGUCAAGGUGUACCGUCUGAAUGAUGAUGGAAAAUGGGAUGACCAGGGUACAGGGCAUGUAACUAUUGAUUAUUUGGAGCGAUCAGAGGAUCUGGGCUUAUUUGUUUAUGACGAAGAAGACAACGAGACCAUACUUUUGCAUCGCAUCAGUGCUGAUGAUAUUUAUAGGAAGCAAGAAGAUUCAAUUAUCUCAUGGAGAGAUCCCGAAUAUGCCACAGAAUUGGCACUCAGCUUUCAAGAGCCUAGCGGAUGCUCUUACAUAUGGGACCAUAUUUGCAAUGUGCAGAGGAAUAUGCAAUUCAAUACUUUAAAUAAUGAGUCAUUUCAGAGCACCAACAGUGAGUUAAGGGAGUUGCCUGCUGUUGAACUAACAACACUCCCAUUGAUUCUUAAGACCGUUGUUGACAGCAGCAUUUCAGAUCAAAUACGACUAACAGAGCUACUAUCAAGUAAUCAAGAAUUUUUUCGAAAGCUGAUGGGGUUAUUUAGAGUCUGUGAAGACUUGGAAAACAUGGAUGGCCUUCACAUGAUUUUCAAAAUCGUCAAAGGGAUCAUUUUACUUAAUAGUCCAACAAUUCUUGAGAGAAUUUUUAAGGAAGAGUUUAUAGUGGACAUCAUCGGUGCCCUUGAGUAUGAUCCGGACAUUACUUGUGUUCAGCAUCAUCGUAAAUUCUUAAAGGACCAUGUUGUUUUUAAGGAGGCUAUACCUAUAAAAGAUCCCAAUGCACUAGCGAAGAUACAUCAGACAUAUAGAGUUGGUUAUUUGAAGGAUGUUGUUUUGGCCAGAGUCUUAGAUGACGCUACUUGUGCAACCGUUAACUCCAUAAUACAUGCAAACAAUGCCUUUGUUAUUGCUAUGUUGAAGGAUGACAAUACAUUUAUCCAGGAGUUGUUUGCUAGGUUAAAAUCUCCCACAACCUCUCAAGAAUCAAAAAAGAACUUGGUCCAUUUCUUGUAUGAGUUUUGUAGUGUAAGCAAGAGCUUGCAGAUGGUCCAGCAGCUUCGGCUAUUUAGGGAUCUGACAAAUGAAGGCAUCUUUGACAUUGUCAGUGAAGUUUUGCAAAGUCAAGACAAGAAACUUGUGCUAACUGGAACAGACAUCCUCCUUCUUUUUAUGAAUCAGGAUCCUAAUCUUCUGCGGUCAUAUGUUGUUCGGCAGGAAGGAAUUGCUCUUCUAGGACUCUUGGUUAAGGGAAUGGUAACAGACUUUGGAGAGAGCAUGCACUGCCAGUUUCUUGAGAUUCUUCGUAUUCUAUUGGACUCGAGCACAUUGUCUGGACCACAGAGGGACGCUAUCAUUGACAUCUUCUUUGAGAAGCAUUUGGGUCAUUUGAUUGAGGUUAUAACAGCGUCAUGUCCUUCAGAAAAUACUGCCGGUGCUAGUAAAUCAAUAGGUCCUGGACAAAGUGUUCAAUUUCAGCGCAGAACAAAAUCGGAGAUAUUAUCAAAUAUAUGUGAAUUACUAUGCUUUUGUGUCCUCCAUCACCCAUACAGGAUAAAGUGCAAUUUUCUUCUCAAUGAUGCAAUUGAAAAUGUUCUGCUAUUGACACGGAGAGCAGAAAGAUACUUAGUAGUUUGUGCUGUCCGGUUUGUUCGAACUGUUCUCUCCCGCAAUGAUGAGCAUAUGAUAAAUUAUUUCGUUAGGAAUAACAUUCUCAAACCAAUUAUAGACGCCUUUGUUGCUAAUGGCAAUCGCUAUAAUCUUCUCAAUUCUGCUGUUCUGGAACUUUUUGAGUAUAUUCGGAAGGAGAAUAACCUGAAAUUAUUGCUAAAACACCUAGUUGAUUCUUUUUGGGAUCAACUGGUAAAGUUUGAGCAUUUGGUUUCAAUUCGCUCGCUGAAAGUAAAAUAUGAGCAGUGUGUGGAUAAUGGUGGGAACAACGCUGGUGCGGUAAUGGACCUUAGAAGAAGAAUUGAUGAGCGUGCUGUAGAGAGAGAAGAAGAAGAACGUUACUUUAAUGAGGACAGUGAUGAGGAGGAUGCAGCAUCUCCAUCUGUUUCACGUGAUCAUAAAGGUCAUCAACAACCUAUUGUUUCCAAUGGAGUUACUUCAAACCAUCCGCAGCCAAGUCGAACGUCACUGGUUGACUAUGAAGAUGAUGAGGAUGAUGAAGAUUAUAAACCACCACCAAGAAAGCAGAAAGAAGCAUCAGAGGAAGAUGAAGGGAUAAUGGAGUCUCUCAGGCUGAAAAGAAAACUUCCUUCACAGGACAGAGAGCCCGAACUUGUGAAGAAGCAGAAGUUAACAAAGAAUUCAAAAUCUAAAGAUAGUGUCUUUGCUGCCUUGUGUUCAACCUUGAGCCAAGCUGUGCUACCUAAUAAGAAGUCUGCAAUCAAUAUUCAUACGGGUGCUCGAAGAGUUGAAGGGAGGGUGAGUUCUAGUGAAGACAAUCAGGAAGACAGACAAAAUGUUUCUAGAAGUGGCUCUGAUAAUAGCAACACAGGGGCUGAGGAUAACCAUGUAGAGAAAGAUACUUCAGCCUCUAGAAGCAUUUCUGAUUGUUUGCAUGCAAAAUCAGAUAACAUACAAUUGGGGGGCGAGGAACGUCCACUGGUCCCCCCUAAAUCCUCGCCAGAGAUGGCAGUAAAUGGAUCAUAGGUUUCUACACUCAUACAGGAAGGCAGAUUGUUUGUUCUGUUUGACGCAUAAAUUUCCUGGUGGCUGAGCGGUUGCUGACUAGUGACUAUCAAAGAAGCAUGCUUUUUAAGACAAGAAUUUUGCCUAGAAGGGUGUGAAUUCUGGUUAUUCAUUGCAUUGAAGGCACUUGGUGUGGAGGUAGUACUGUACAGUGCCAUCGAGUUGGGAGAAUAUUAAUACAGAAAAGUGGUUGUUGCUUUCACAUAACUUUUCUGAGCAAUAGUUCUGUAAUUUUCUCGUCUCCAAAUUUUACCUCUUCCAGCUCAUUUAUUUACUUUUAUUGUUUUUGCCGGAGGACAAAAUGUGUGGAUGAGAGGGUGAUAUUUUUUGUCAUUAUUCCUCUUUUCAGUUAUCUGAACUUAAUGAUAGAGGGCGCCAAUAUUUUGCCCUUCACAAGUUUUUCUUAUAUUUUCUUGUCUCUCCCCCCUUUUUUUUGUCAGUGGAUGUUGGUAGAUAUGGAUAUAUGUGCAGUGUGUUUCUAGGGCCAUUUUUUCACGAAUGUACUUGUGAAUCAUCAUCCAUUGUAAAUCUGUAUGAAACUGUUGCGUAUGCAUUGUUCUCGUCUUGCAGGCUCUUUCA